AUGAGCGACACUUCAGAGGACGACAAUGAGAUCUCCUUUCGAGUGAAGUUUCUUGGGCGGGUUGAGGUAGUUCGCCCCGAUGGACUACAGAUCCUGGAGGAAGCAGCUCAGAGCCUCCAGACGCCUGAUGAAUACUCCACAGAAAAGGCAGCCAAGAAGAGCAAAGUCCACCUCUUCCUGUCCCUAAGUGAGAUAGACAUAUUGGAAAACAAAACCAAGUUCCUGUUGUACCCGUGUCCUCUCUCCACCGUUUCCUUCUGUGCCAUCCUGCCGUCCUCACCCAAAGUCUUCGGCUUUGUGGCCAGACACCCUGCAGCCGACAUGUACCACUGUUAUCUGUUCCAGAGCAAGACGUUUAGUCAUGUGCUGGUCUCAUUGAUUGGAGAUGCGUUCCGAGCAUCUAAGAAGGAGGAGAGCGUCAGGGGAGGACGAGAUCUGAUAGUGGAGGCGCUCAGACAUAAGAAUAAAAUGCUGCAGAGAGAGAACACUGAGCUGAAGAGGAGGCUCGCCGGACAAAAUGACUGAUAACUGUUGAACAACAAAUGUUGUUCCAUUUGUACGCUCAGUCAAUACUGACAAAUGUUUGAAUGCAGUGAAAAAAAGCAUUCAAGCAAAUGUUCUAACAGAUAAAAGGGAAGAUGAAUGAAGAUCUGUGGAAGGAAGAUGUAAUUGUUUUUUGCU